GUGCAAAACCCCGGGAAAAGAACCGGUUUAGCGCCACAUCAACCGUUUUCCAGUUUGUCGUCUCCUAGAUUAGAUGGUUCUUUCUGCGACGGAGAAAGCGCUGACCACCAAGGCCGAGCCAAAUCCCGAGGCGGUUGGCUGGUCUGAACUCCCACCGGAAUUGCUCCAAACCAUCGCCGAGAAACUCAUCACCCACACCGACUACCUCCGCUUCCGAGCCGUGUCCACCACCUGGAGACUCUCCACCCCCACCGCCCCUCUCCACCUCCCCACCCAACUCCCCUGGCUAAUGCUUCCCUUCAACCAGACCCGCCGUUCUACCCAAGGCGCGACGCGGCACGUUCUCGUCGACGGGCUAGGUCAACGCAAGAAAAUCACCAGCACAAGCCGCCCCUUCUUCAGCCUCUCCGCCAACAAAUCCCACUCCCUCCACCUCCCGGAAUCCUCCCCCCACCGCCGCCGCCACCGCGGCUCCUCCCACGGCUACCUCGCCUUCCUCGACGAGUCGCCCGAUUUCUUCCUCCUCAAUCCCCUCACCCGCGCCAAAUUCCACCUUCCCCCACUCUCCUCCUUCCCCAACGUCGUCGCCUUCGAUUUCUCCGAUGUCGGCCGCGAGUACACCCUGCGAGCUCCCAACGGGGACGUCUCCACCCGUAGCUUGUCCGAAAUGCGCGACUUGUUCAUCAAGAAGGUGGUUCUCUCCUCGAGUCCUUCUGUUGAUUUUAAUUUUAUUGUGUUUGCGAUAUUAAAUCAAACUGGUGAUCUCGCUUUCUGUAAAAAUGGAUAUCGGUCGUGGCUAUUUAUAGAGGAUGCCCAAUCUUAUUGUGAGGAUGCUAUAUAUUGUAAUGGAUUAUUCUACGCCGUGAAUAAAUUGGGUCAAAUCGCGGUUUGUGAUGUUACCGAGGAGUUUCCUAGGGUUUCAUUUAUUCGUACGCCGCCACAGAUUGGUGGUGAUUUACUGUACUUGGUUAGUUUAUCAUCAGAAGAGCUGUUGUUGGUUACGCGGUACUUGGAUUUAGAAAUCUUGGAUUAUGGGACUAGGGAAUUCAGAGUGUAUAGGCUGGAUUUGAGUGGGCCAAAGUGGGAGAGGGUGACAAGUUUAGGGGAUCAGAUGUUGUUCUUGGGGGAAAAUUCUUCGGUGGCGUUAUCAGCGUUUGAUUUCCCGGGGUGUAAAGGUAACUGCAUAUACUAUACGGAUGAUUAUUCUGAGUUGAAUUACGAUGGAAUGGCUGGGAAUCAUGAUUUGGGUGUUUAUAAUUUGGAAGAUGGUAGCAUUGAUCCUUUACCUUGUUGUUAUUCGGUUCCCCAGAUGCGAUGGCCACCGAUUUGGGUCACUCCCAAUCCUUGUUAAGCAUUAACGGUUGAACACACAGCUGCAAAAUACUGAACCAUCCCUUCUCAGGGAUGAUCAUAAAAAACUAUCCUCUACAUUGUUGUUAUUCGCUUCCCUGGAUGCGAUGGCCACCGAUUUGGGUCACUCCUAAUCCAUGUUAAGCAUGCAAGUGCCCUUUUCAAUUUGCUCUUACUUUGAACUAUGAAUUCUUCCCUGUAUAUGAAUGUAUGUAAUAAUGAUGUGGAUUAUAUCCGUCUUGAUACCUUAUUGCUGGUUAAAAAUUGGUCAGUGAACGAUUUGAAUGUAUUGUGUGAGCUUUGUUGGAUACCAUCACAAUCUUCUUGUUGUGUCCCUUUAUUUGUUUCAAAUGUUUCAUUUGCUUCUUGGACUUCAGAUCGUAAUUCCCAAGGAUUCUUAAACAACUUUCUGAGGGCGUCA